GCUCGUCUCUCGCCCUCGUUUCAACUCCACCCCCGGAUUUCUUGUCUUUGCUGCUGCUGUGCUGCUACAUACACUUUUACUUUUACUUUUACUUUUCUUUACCUUCAUCUUUUCUCUUCUCUUCUCCCUUUUGCCGUAUCUUCUCUCAAUCCUGUUAUUUCCUUUGUGUCUUCGUUCUCAGUCAUCAUCAGUAAUUGUGUUUUUUGUCCUGGCGUGUCGCGUUCUGCAUUCAAAUAAUACCCUUUACUGUCUUGAAGCCACCAACCCACCAUUUCUUCCAUUCCUCUCGACCCUCUUCAACAUCAGCAUCAACAAGAACAACAAGAACAACAUCAACAACAUCAACAACACCAAGUACCAGACCAGCAUCGCCAUGUCAUGAUCCGCCAACUCUUCUCCCGCCUCACGUCCAUCCUCCUCCCUCCCAUGGCGCUCCUCAACCCCCUCUACGCCCUCGUCGUCCCCUUCCUCCUCGUCACCACCAUCCCGCUCGCCAUCUUCGCCGGCAUCACCACCACCUUCGCCUUCUCCAUCCUCAUCCUGCGCGUCUUCAUCGUCUGGCUCGACAUUGCCCUCUCCCUCGUCUCCCAGUCGCUCUCCCACCUGACUGAGAGCAGCAGCAGCAGCAGCAGCAGCGCCGCCUACAAGUUGCACCUGCGCCCUCCCCGGCCCUCGUCGUCCUCGCCCUCGUCCUCGUCCUCCAUCCACAGCCGCACCAACAGCGUCAGCCCCUCCGCCUCGUCCACGCUGCUCAAGAGGCAUCGCCGCCGCAGGCCCAGCUCCUCCGUCUACUCCGCCGCCGGCUCCGCCACGCCCGCCAGCGACAUCGGCCUCGGCCUCGGCCUCAUCCCCAGCGUCGGCCCCGAGCGCGACUUUGAAGGCGUCGGCGGCUGGCGCCUGGGCGACGACAACGACGACAACGACGACGAUGACCGGCUCUGGACCACCAUCAACUCCCGCUACGAGCUGCCUGACCGCAUGCACGACCGCAACCACCGGCGCAGCCUGUCCGGGGGCCCGGCCGGAGCGGCGGACGGCGGCGGCUUUCUCAUGAUGAAGGGCCGCGCCAGGAGUCCCGAGCAGAGGCUGGUGACGCCGGCGUCUCCGAAUAGUUCCAAGGCUCGCGCGCCCUCGGCUCCGCGUCUGAUGGGCGGCGCCAGCCAGAACGACGGCUAUUUCCCCAUGAGUAUAUCUUCCAAGGCAACUAAGCGAAACAUCAACUAG